GAUUUUUCGGCCUCAGUAGGCGGUCAUUCUCCUUGACAACCCCGCCCGCAUCUCUGGGUGGUGACUGGGCUCCCCCUCCGUCACAUCCCGAUGAGCCGGUCCAGUUCUUCGGCUCUCUCCGAGCCUCACCAUUGGCUAGUCCUAGAGGUUGCGUCCUUGGAGAGCCUCCCGCCAGCGAAAGUGGGGCGUGAGCUGCUCCCCGGGUCGGGCCCGCCUCUGUGGGCGGACUGGAUUGGGUGCUGUUCGUUACCGCCCUGACAGCGACUUUCUCCACGGCGCGGGUUGCAUGAAAGAUAUCCUAUUAAGCUGUUAGUACUGGAAAGACAAAGUGGAUGAAGAAUGAAUUUUGCAGAAAGUCAGGUCCACUUGUUCCAGUUUGCGCCUUCUAGUCCUUUGGCAUCUGAGUGAUUGUGUGGGAUGAGGCAGUCUGCUGGCUUUCACCAGAGGCCCCUUUUGUCUGCUGCAAUUCUGGCUCCAUUCUACCUGGAGGAGGAUUCUUGGAAGAUCACCCACACUUGAUCACCUGAUCACCAUUUAGGCCCGAGAUCAGUUGUAAGAGCUGUUACAGGAAGCAGUGUGGAAGAAAGGCCAUGCUGAGUAGAAGGAUAGUUCAUCUCUAAGAGCUCCAGUUAGGCCAAAAAAACCAAACCCAAUAAAAUCCACCUGGACUACAAUCAGAGGAGGCUUUGAAGUUGAGGAGUCACUCCUUUUUGCUCUGAACCAGUUUGUUUUGUGCAGAAGAGAAUAGUGUAUAGUAUUACUAGGGCUUUUGAUGUGAGAAAGUUUUGAUUCCUCAUCUUUGAGGUUUUGUCUUGAGCCUGGCGUAUCUGCUGUUUCUCCUGUAGCUACCUCUUUUCAUCACAUACUUUCUUCUUUUCAGUCUUCUUAUUCCUUCCUAUCAAUACUGGCCUAUUUUUUCUAUUCCCAAAUAUAACCUCAGUUGGGACAAAUUUGAGCAGACAUCAGAGAGAGUCUUUCUUUGAAAAUUGUUCUGCUGCCUGGGCCCCUUCCCUACUAUUCAGCUAUCUUUUUUAGAGUCAAGAUGUCAGAAAAGGAAAAAAACAAACUCAAUAAGAAGCAUAGUGCAUUAGACUCAGUUGAAGCCAGGUCUCAAGGCGUGUACCACCCUGGCUGAGACCAGUUCCCAGAAGCCAGCAGCCACUUCUGUUGUCCCCCGUGCUUGUUCAGCAUCACUGAUGUCCCUCAGCUGUUGGGUCUGGUGCCAGGAAGUAUGUACCAGACACUGAAGUCAGACUGGAGUCCAGUGAAAAGGAAUGGUUGAAGGAAGAGGCUGAGACUUUUUAACUCUAAGAGGAAGAGCUGUGAGAAGGAAGACUUCCUAGCCUUUCAAAGGAUUGCUUUUUGCUCACACCCUGAUCAGAAGACCUCAUCUCUGCCUGGUCAGAACUAAGCUUGCUUGAAUAGUCAAGAAGGAAAAUUCAUACCAUCUGCAUACAGAAGGGAAAAUAUAACUCAUCAGUGUGGCAGUCCUUUGACACAAGUGUUGGAGUGGGCAACCUGCACCUUAUGCCAGGUCAGCAUUAGGCAGAACAAGGUAAAGGGAAGCUUUGGCAUCAGUACCUUCAGUUGUCAUCUGGAAAAAAAUCACCUGUUGGAAUAGGAUGGAGAAAGAAGAUGCCUCUCAAGAAGAGCAAGAUUUCAACAGAGAAAGGACCCUGAAACAGACGACCUGGAACUUGGCCUACGUCAAGUUGAUUGUUGAUGCAAGGGACAGUGUACGUGAGGAGUGACUAUCUGAGCUGACCCUUGGAUGAAGCCAGAUCUCCAUUGACUAACACUUUCCCCAGUUCACCCACCCAUCCCUGGAUAACCAGACUCCAGACAACUGAAGCCUUCUUAGGCUUCAGACCAUAGCCACCUGCCUCUCAUGGAGCCCCAUGGGGAGAGAGCUGGAGAGGGUGAUAGGGUGCGUAUUACAGCCCAGAUGCUUAAAGCCUGGUCAGGUGAAUUUUCCCUGGAAUCCAUCUUGUUGCUGAAACUUUGUGGUUUGGGACUGGUGGACCUGGGCUGCCUAGGUGAAUGUUUGGGGCUGGAGUGGUUGGACUUGUCUGGUAACACCCUCACCCACCUGGGACCCCUGGCCUCUCUUCGGCAGCUAACUGUACUCAAUGUGUCUGCCAACCGCUUGACAGGGCUAGAACCACUGGCCUCUUGUGAGAGCCUGCAGAGUCUCAAUGUGGCUGGUAACUUGCUGGCUGGGGUGGGCCAAUUGCAAUGCCUGGCAGGACUUCAGCGGCUGGAACAUCUGAGGCUUCAGGACCCCUUGGCACGGCUUAGCAACCCACUCUGCAACAGCCCUUCCUACAGGGCUGCAGUAGGGGAGCUGUUGCCUGGCCUAAAGGUCAUCGAUGGGGAGCGAGUGUCGGGUCAGGGCAGUGAAUUUUACCAGCUGUGCCGGGACCUUGAUAAAUCCUUGCACCAGAGCCCAGGGCCUGUCUCUGUGCUUCCCCCCUCUGAGGCUAAGCCCUGGGUGGAGCCCAGCUACUGGAAGCCACCACAGGCCCAGGGCAGCUCCAUCCUGGAAGAUGCAUGCCGCCAAUUCCAGGACACCAUACAAGAAUGCCAAGAGCUGAGUCAGAAAGCUGAUGAUAGUCUGGCCCAAGCAGAGGAGGCCCUUAGACCUGCCAGUGGGGGCACAACUUCCUUUGUCUUCUAAACCCAGCCAAUCCCCAAUGUUGGGGAGGGCAGUGGCUGGAGAAGGGAGUCUCCCAGGUUCCCCAGGAUUUGAAGAACUCUAGAUACGAUCACAAACCUCAUUACUGGCCCCACAGUUUGUAUCCAAUUAGUUUUGUCCCUCUUAUUUAUGUUUCCUACACACUUUCAAGGAAAAUUCAAUCUAGAUCCUUAUUCUUGUGGAGAUGUUAUGCUUGACCCUCUUCCUUUCUGUCUAUAAGUGCUCAUAGAGAACCAAGAAUUCUAGGCCUCUUCCUGAGUGUCCUAUGCUCCCCUCCCCACCCCCACUCUCAUAAGACUGAUGCCAGGAGAGCAAGUACUUGCACCUAAGUUGAUUCUCUGUCCCCCCUACCCCCCCUGCCCCCAGUUAGAGGGCUGUGAUGGAGAACUGGCUAGGUAUGUAAAGACUUCUUGAAAAAUAAAAUAUACUA